AUGGCCCUCCUCGACUCGGCCAUUGUGGCCUACAACUACUUUGUCUCGCUUUCGCUAACCCAGCAAGUGCUGAUCAUUGUCUUUGCUCCGUUCAUCUACAACAUCGUAUGGCAAUUCUUGUACUCGUUGAGAAGAGACAGAGCCCCGCUCGUUUUCCACUGGAUUCCAUGGUUCGGUUCAGCCAUCCCUUUCGGUAUGGCUCCUUACAAGUUCUUUGAAGACUCUCGUCAGAAGUACGGUGAUGUGUUCGCCUUCAUGUUGUUGGGCAGAACCAUGACUGUCUACUUGGGUCCCAAGGGCCACGAGUUUGUGUUCAACUCUAAGUUGAAUGAAACCAACGCUGAGGACGCCUACAAGCAUUUGACCACUCCUGUGUUUGGAAAGGGUGUCAUUUAUGACUGUCCCAACCACAGACUCAUGGAGCAAAAGAAGUUUGCCAAAUACGCUUUAACCAGAGAUGCCUUCAAGACUUAUGUCCCUAAGAUCAGAGAAGAAAUAAUCAGCUACUUCAAGAACCCUGAAGGUUUCAACAUGGGAGAAAAGAACAGCGGUGUCGCCAACAUCAUGAAGACCCAACCAGAACUUACCAUUUUUACUGCCUCCAGAUCGUUGUUGGGAGACGAUAUGAGAAAAAGAUUCGAUGCCUCGUUCGCCCAGUUAUUCUCGGACUUGGACAAGGGAUUCACUCCACUCAACUUUGUAUUCACUAACUUGCCAUUGCCUAACUACAGAAAGAGAGACAACGCCCAACAGAAGAUCUCGGCUACUUACAAGUCGUUGAUUGAAAAGAGAAGAGCAACUGGUGAUGUUGACCCCAACAGAGAUUUGAUCGACUCGUUGAUGACUUACUCGACCUACAAGGACGGUGUCAAGAUGACCGACCAGGAAAUCGCCAACCUUUUGAUCGGUAUUCUUAUGGGUGGCCAACAUACCUCUGCUGCCACCUCUGCUUGGUUCUUGUUGCACUUGGGAGCUAGACCGGACUUGCAAGACGAACUUUUUGAAGAAGUCUCAAACAUAUUGAAAGAAAAGGGUACCUCCAACUUGAACGACUUGUCGUACGAAGACUUGCAGAACAUGACUUUGACCAACAAUGUUAUCAAGGAAACCUUGAGAUUGCACAUGCCCUUGCACUCCAUCUUCAGAAAAGUCAGCAAGCUGUUACUCGUUCCAAACACCAACUACACCGUUCCUGCUGGCCAUUAUGUCUUGGUUUCCCCAGGUUACACACAAACUUCUGACAGAUUCUUCCCUAAUGCUAGCACGUUCGAUCCACACAGAUGGGACAGCAACAACCUUGCAGACAAGAAUGCUGAUGAAGGCACCGUUGACUAUGGUUUUGGUGCUGUUUCCAAGGGUGUUUCGUCUCCAUACUUACCAUUCGGUGGUGGUAGACAUAGAUGUAUCGGUGAACAGUUUGCCUAUGUGCAAUUGGGUACGAUUUUGUCUGCUUUUGUGUACAACGUCAAGUGGAGCUUGAAGGGAGAAAAGGUUCCAGCCAAUGAUUUCACAUCAAUGGUUGUUUUGCCAGAAGAGCCAGCUGAAAUCAUCUGGGAAAAGAGAAAAACCUGUACUUUCUAG